AUGGCCGGCCCUAGCAAGUCUUUGAUCCUUGAUCCGGCCCUUCAGAAAUACUACGAACUCAACGCAAACCGCUACAAGUACUUCCGCUGGACGCCGCGCCAUGCCUGGUUCUCGUUCCUCUACAUGGCCCUGAUCCCCGGAACCCUGGGCUACCUUACCUACAAGACGGAGGGCAAAUGGGAGUUCCGCGGAAAGAGGAGGGGCGAUUCUAUUCUCGAGUAUUAA